AUGUUGAAAUAUACAGCCAAAAAAUAUUAUUCGGAAGGGAGCAAAUUAAAUCAAGUGGUGGUUGCAGUUUUGAUGGUUCUGCCAGUGUUUUCCUACGGCAUGGCCGUCGGCUGGCUAUCACCUAUGGGUCCGUACCUCAUGUCCGAGGAUACCCCGGCGGCGGAACCAGUUCAUCCUGACGUCAUAUCCUGGAUGGCUUCCGUCGCUUACCUGGUGGGAACGCCAGCUGUGUUCCUGUUCGGCUACAUCGUUGACAACUUCGGUAGAAAGAAAGCGCUUAUGUUGACAUCUUUUUCAAUGGCGGUUUGUUGGGGUUUAAAACUAUAUUCCACCGAGACCUGGGCGUUGAUAACAGCUAGAGCUAUCGUUGGUUUCGGAGUGGGUGGUUCUUAUGUUGUCACUCCAUUAUACAUUAAAGAAAUAAGCGAAGACUCCAUUCGUGGGACUCUGGGCAGUCUCGUGAUAUUAUCUCAAAAUUUGGGAAACCUAGUUGUGUAUAUAUUGGGAGAAUAUGUAUGUUAUCAUGCGACCCUAUGGAUCUGUCUGGCUGUACCGUUAAUACACCUACUCGUGUUUCCCGCCAUGCCAGAGACUCCAUCUUAUUUGUUGAAGAGCGGGAAAGUUGAGGAGGCGAGAAGCGCCUUAGCUUGGCUGCGCUGCCGGCAGACCGGCGACGCCAACGUAGACACCGAACUGCAAUCUCUUCUCUUGGAACUAGAACAAAGCAACUCGGGAAAAUUCUUCACCACAUUAAAAACAUUAGUAUCUGACCCGAGCACGUUCCACGCGUUCCGCAUCACCCUCACCAUAACCCUGGCUCGUGAGCUGUGCGGCUGCCUGGCUGUGUUACACUUCGCGUCUCUCAUCUUCAGCAAGGCGAGCGGUGACUGGGUGCUGACAGCUAAUCAACAAGCUACUAUACUGGGCGUGGUGCAGAUGAUAGGAUCAUGUACAGCGUCGAGCUUGGUCGAGAGAACUGGCAGAAAGCCCCUGCUAGGAGCGACCUGCCUAGUGUCAGGCCUGGCGCUAGUGUCUCUGGGCGGCUGGUUCCUGUGGGCGGGCGGCGCCGCAGCCUGGCUGCCCGCCUUCGCCCUUUGCCUCUGUAUCUACUGUGACGCGGCCGGAUUACAACCUGUACCAUUCGUCGUCAUGACCGAGAUGUUCUCAUUCCAGUACCGCGGCACGGUGACAUCAAUAGUGAUAGCGUUCGCGUGUGCUCUAGUAUCAAUCGAGCUCCGUCUGUUCCACCCGCUGGCCACUCACGUCGGUCUGUACGUCAUCUUUUGGAUCUUCGCAGCCGUCUGUCUCAUCAGUACAGUGUACAUCGUGUUCUGCGUCCCGGAGACCAAGAAGCGAUCCAUCGAAGAGAUAUACGCUGAACUAGGCGGCAAGAAGAACAAAGAUUGUGAAGCUGCCGUCACUAGGCUUUAA